GGCGGCGGCGGGGGCUGCGCAACAACAAAACGUCGCCCGCCUCGCGGCGUGUCACCGGGGCCCGGGCGGCUGCGGCCAGGCCGGGGGGGACGGGGGGGGGGGCAGCGGCGUCGCGAGGGGGCGGGCGACGGGGCAGGGCGCCGCCGAGGAGGAGGCGGUGGCCUCCCGGGCCGCGCCAGGCAGCGACGCGGGGUCCCUGCGGCGCCCGCCGGGGCCGCUUCCUCCCCUCCGGCCCUGAGCAGGGCGCCGGCGGCACCCGCCUCUUCCCCCUCGGCCUUACUGUCUCAGGCCUUUCUUAAAACUUUCCAUGUCUAAAUGGACUCCUGAAUGUAAUAUAGUUUAUACUCUAAAAGCGGAUAUGAAGAGUGAAGUUCCUUCUGAUGCACCAAAGAGACAGGAGAGUCUGAAGGGGAUCCUCUUGAACCCUGAGCCUAUUGGAGCAACCAAAAGCUUCACUGCAGAGGUUGAGAUGAUUGCUAGUAAAGUAGGGAAUGAGUUCUCUCACUUAUGUGGUGAUUCUCAAAAGCAAAAGGACAUGAAUGGCAACCGUACAGACCAAGACAAAAGUAUUGUGGUGCGAAAAAAACGCAAAAGCCAGCAGGCUGGUCCUUCGUAUACUCAAAAUUGUCCUGAUAAAGAAAACCAAGGAAUCUUAGGAUUAAGACAGCACCUAGAAACACAGAGUGAAGACAAUGAUUCUUCUUUUAGUGACUGUAUCUCUUCACCUUCAUCUAGCCUACAUUUUGGAGACUCCGACACAGUAACAUCUGAUGAAGAAAAAGAUGCUCCUGUAAGACACCCUCAGGCAGUGUUGAAUACUACAAGUAGAACUCAUAGUGCAAGGUCACAAAAGUGGCCUCGGACUGAGUCAGACUCUGUACCUGGGUUAUUAAUGAAAAGGCCCUGUUUUCACAACAGUUCUUUAAGAAGACUUCCAUAUAGGAAGAGAUUUGUGAAAACAAGUUCAUCACAGCGGACACAGAACCAAAAAGAACGAAUUUUAAUGCAGAGGAAAAAGCGGGAAGUGUUAGCUCGAAGAAAGUAUGCUUUACUACCCAGCUCUAGCAGUUCCAGCGAGAAUGAUCUCAGUAGUGAAUCUUCUUCCAGUUCAUCUACUGAAGGAGAGGAAGACUUAUUUGUGUCGCCUGGUGAAAACCACCAGAACAGUACAGCUGCUCCUUCAGGAAGUAUUGAUGAAGAUGUUGUGGUGAUUGAAGCAUCCUCCACUCCCCAGGUCACUGCUAAUGAAGAAAUAAAUGUUACCUCAACAGAUAGUGAAGUGGAGAUUGUCACAGUUGGUGAAAGCUACAGGUCUCGUUCAACACUUGGACACACAAGAUCACACUGGGGACAAAGCUCUAGUUCUCAUGCUGCACGACCUCAAGAACCACGGAAUCGCAGUAGGAUUUCCACAGUCAUACAGCCACUGAGACAGAAUGCAGCGGAAGUAGUGGACCUUACAGUGGAUGAAGAUGAGCCAACAGUUGUGCCAACCACGUCAGCUAGAGUGGAGCCACAGGUCGUGAGUUCUGCUUCCAGUAACAGUUCUAGUACGUCUACCUCAGAGCAGGCCUCUGAUGCAGCUCCAAACGUCUCCAACAGCCAGCCCCCUGCAGCACCAGAGACGACUUCUAGUCUUCCCAGUGGCGGCACUGCUGGUACUUCAGCUGGAGAUGAUAUAAGAAGAACUGCAUCUAAUACGACACUGGAAACUGGCCCUCCGGCCAUGCCAAGGUUACCAUCGUGCUGCCCUCAGCAUUCUCCUUGUGGAGGACCUUCACAGACUCAUCAUGCAUUGGGGCACCCACAUACAAGCUGCUUUCAGCAGCAUGGCCACCACUUUCAACAUCACCACCACCACCACCACAACCCUCACCCAGCUGUUCCACUAUCUCCUUCAUUCAGUGACUCCAGCUGCCCUGUUGAAAGGCCUCCUCCAGUGCCUGCACCUUGUGGAGCAAGCAGCAGUUCUGGCACCAGUUACCAUGACCAGCAGGCAUUGCCAGUAGACUUAAGCAGCAGUGGUGUAAGAAGUCAUGGAAGUGGUGCUUUUCAUGGAACAUCUGCUUUUGACCCCUGCUGUCCUGGUUCUUCAACUCGAACUGCAAUUUAUGGGCAUCAGGCUGGUGCUGGCCCAAGCCAAUCAGUAACAAUAGACGGAUAUGGAUCAAGUAUGGUUGCGCAGCCACAGCCCCAACCUCCUCAGGCAUCGCUCUCUUCCUGUCGGCAUUAUAUGCAUUCUCCUUAUGCUUCUUUGACCAGACCUCUUCACCAUCAAGCUUCUGCAUGUCCUCACUCUCAUGGAAAUCCUCCUCCACAGCCACAACCUCCACCUCAAGUAGAUUAUGUUAUCCCUCAUCCGGUGCAUCCCUUCCAUCCGUCAAUCUCCUCUCAUGCAUCUUCUCAUCCUGUUCCACCUCCACCUCCACCACCAACUCAUCCUUUAGCCAAUGCAGCAGCUCCAAUACCACAGCAUCUUCCUGCAACACACCAGCCUAUAUCCCAUCACAUCCCUGCAACAGCACCUCCAGCACAGAGGCUACAUCCUCAUGAAGUGAUCCAGAGGAUGGAGGUCCAGAGGAGAAGAAUGAUGCAACACCCAACACGUGCUCAUGAGCGGCCUCCUCCGCAUCCUCACAGAAUGCAUCCCAAUUAUGGUCAUGGGCAUCACAUUCAUGUGCCUCAGACAAUGUCUUCCCAUCCUCGACAAGCUCCAGAGAGAUCUGCCUGGGAACUGGGAAUUGAAGCUGGUGUGACUGCAGCUACUUACCCUCCAGGGCCCUUGCAUCCUCACUUGGCCCACUACCAUGCACCUCCUCGACUUCAUCACUUGCAAAUAGGGGCUCUUCCUUUAAUGGUACCAGACAUGGCGGGCUACCCUCACAUCCGUUACAUUUCAUCAGGAUUGGAUGGAACAUCAUUCAGAGGCCCUUUCAGGGGCAAUUUUGAGGAGCUGAUUCACUUGGAGGAACGAUUAGGCAAUGUUAAUCGUGGAGCAACACAGGGAACUAUAGAAAGAUGCACAUAUCCACAUAAAUACAAAAAGGUAACAACUGAUUGGUUCUCACAGAGGAAACUGCACUGCAAACAAGAUGGGGAGGAAGGAACAGAAGAAGACACAGAGGAAAAGUGUACCAUCUGUUUGUCUAUAUUGGAGGAAGGUGAAGAUGUCAGGCGCCUUCCAUGUAUGCACCUUUUCCACCAAGUAUGUGUAGAUCAGUGGUUGAUUACUAACAAGAAGUGCCCCAUUUGCAGAGUGGACAUUGAGGCUCAACUGCCUAGUGAAAGUUGACACCGCUUUCCAGAACUCUUGUCCUCCCUCUCGCUCCCUCAUCCUUCCUGGUACUGCAGUCAACCAAAGAUGGCAUGACUUACCUGCGCAGAUUUGGAAGCAUUGAACCUAGAGUGCUGGCUCUGCUAUAUGGUACAACUAAUGCUAGACCUACAGUUUAUGUAGAAGACAGUUGAGUUUCAGUGUAUUUAUAAAACUUCUUUUUAGGUUUUACAUUUUUUCUUUUAAUUCAUUACUGUAUUUUUGCAUGGUUCCUUGUAUUGCAUUUGUUUGCACAUAUUAUGGGCUUUGUGACCCCAAACUUGCAGGCAAGAUUAGCUGCUUUAGUAAGUAGAAUUGUGUGGUCUCUUUUUUUUGGUUUGUUUUACAUAGUAUCGAGCUUUGAAAGUAUGAUUUCACUCAUUACUAACCUCGGAUUCCUUAAUUUAAUCGAUCAUAUAUUUUAGUUUAAAUGUAUAAAGAUCAUCUAGAAAAGGAUAAUAUUAUGUAUUGAGACAUUCCUUAAUUAGGAAAAAAUGGCUGCUGUAUAUUUACAAUAUCAGUUUUGAGUCAAAUAACAUCCUUAAUACUGGGAACAGAAUAUGAACUAUAUUCAGUUUGACUGAUACAUAUAGCAUACUCAUCACCAGAUUUCUUGUCUGAUCAAAUUUUUGUGUUUGUUUUUAAAAUCUCAGCACAAUGCAGAUAUAUUUGAAUGUCAAUAUUAAACAUUUAGACUGCUGUUCAGAUUGUAUUUAUCAUUUUCUUCCUAUGUCUAGAAAUUUGAAUCCCUAACUUAAAUAUUUGCUGCUGUGAAACAGCUCUAGUGAACACUAAAUGUUGAUUUCAGUUAGCUGGAUUGUAGAUACUUGCAGAUUGGAAGAAUUAUUACAGAAAUGGAAGAAGAGCUUAGAAUCUCUGCUAACUUAAGUCGAAGUAUCUGCGCACAUUGAGGGGGUUUUUUGGUUAUUUUUGGGGGUUUGGUUUUUUUUUUAAUAUAAAACCAUUCAAUAAGGACAUAGAGCUGCAGGGUGGUGAGGUGGGUUUUUUUGUUUUAGUGUUUUGGGGGGGUGGGGUUUUUUUGGUUUUUGGUUUUUUUGGCAGAUAUACAUGCAUUCGUAGAACUUCUAAGGAUUCCAGGCUUGUCUUGGGAUUUUUAUGAGUUUUAAAGUUAAUAGUUAGAUAAAUCCACUUGUCUCUUGUUUUGUUUUUCAUUAGUAAAUUGAAAGCCUGUAAAUUUCUGUAGAAACUGAGACACAAAUUAUGUGGUUACCUAGUUUUUGCCUUGAUCAUAGAUUCCCUCUUUAUAAAUUACCAACAGUCCAUCACUGAUUGAAAUAUUUUCUAUAGUUAAGAUUUGCUGCAUAAUAUAGUAUAUAGAAUUAAGUUAUAAUGUACUAACAUUUCGCCUUUGGAGGAGGUUUUAAUCCACAUCAGGAUUCAAGUUUCUCAUCAACAUUCUUUCACAUAUAAUAGAUUAUAGUUUAUUUAAAUGUGCUCAACAUUGCAAAAUGCAAAUGUGCAAAAACAUUGAGACAGUAUUACUGUCACUUUGGAAAAGAUGUUCCUCGGGGAUCAUUUAUGAACAUGUCAAUAAGCUUGCAUUAAGCCACCUGCUUUGUAAGUGGAUUGAAUAAUAAAUACCUUCAGUUUC